GCCCUCCUCGGGAGGUGCCGCGAGAGUGUGGUCAAUGAUGCCGUGGCUGAAACUCUGCCGGGCUCCGCCACCCCGCGACUCGACCAGCGGCCGGCGUUGCCUCUACUUAAAAGGAGACCGGGGUGGGUUCUCGGCCUCCUGUCGACUUUCCACGAGAUCCACCUGACACAGAGGAAUAAGCAUGCCCGUGUCUUGGGGACUUUGGCGUCCGUUCCUCGCCCCUCAGCAUGGAGGGGGCUCGAGUUGUUCCGGUUGGGAACGCGGCGGCGGAAUACGACCUGGCGCAUCCAUGGUUGCGCAGCACCAACCAGGUGCUGGCGGCGGUGGGCAUGGCGGUAUGCACCGGUCUCCUCAUCAUGCGCAUCUACACGAAAAUCCAUAUCAUGCGGAAGUUCUGGUGGGAUGAUGUUUGUUUGAUCCUCGCAUGGGCCUUCUCGGUGGGGACGCAGGCUAUCAUUCUCUAUGGGUAUAACUAUGCCGGCUAUGGCGUCCACAUGUGGAAUCUGACGGUCCCUGUCCUCGAGCUCUAUGCCAAGACCAUCCUCGCCGGCACCAUCAUCUACCUCCCCGCCUUGGCCACGGCCAAGUUUGCCCUCCUCAUGCUCUACUACCGACUGAUGAGCAUGCUACGCGUCUGGAGACGCAUCAUCUACGUUGUCGCCUUUAUCAUUGCAGGAUACUCCCUCGCCAUCACCCUGUCUUUGAUCUUCGCCUGCAACCCCAUUGCCAAGAACUGGGAUGUGACCAUCACCCAUGGCCACUGCAUCGACCGGACGGGAUUCUAUCUCGCCACCGCCAUCACCAACACCGUCAGCGAUAUCAUCUUGGUCCUAAUUCCCAUUCCCGUGGUCUUCCGGCUCCGACUGCCCCUGGUCCAGAAGCUUGGGAUCAGCUGCAUGUUUGGGAUCGGCUGUCUAACCAUUAUCACCAGUAUCCUCCGAUUGGUGACCCUGAUGCCUCUGGUCACAUCCAAAGACCAAUCCUACAAGAUCGCGGUGGCCAUUAUCUUCGUCAUCGUGGAGGCCAACUUCAUCAUCAUCUGCGGCUGUCUCCCGUAUUUCAAGCAGUUCCUCCGGUUCCAUGCGCCGCGAUGGAUCGGCGACUCCCGCGCCAGCGCCAGCAGUCAGACCCGGCAGCCGGAGUCUUUGCACUCUACGCCGUCCAGCAAGCGACGAAAGCCUGGGCUGAGCGUGCUGCAGGACGAUAUUGAACGCGCCCUCAGCCAACCGGAAGAGGCCCAUUGUGCCUGUGUGCUGGGAGGACGACAUGCCAGUGGCGAUGCAUUGCACGAGUUGAUCCGGGGGUGAGGUAGUAUGAUUCCUUGCUUUGUUGGACGUCAAGUCACUUGCGGAUGACAUUGUGAGGAGCGGUAAUUACAGUGCCAGGAUCCCCAGGUUUCCCCUGCG